AUGCCCGAAGAGCUGCUAUGCCAUCUUGGAUCUGGACUGUUCGAACACACCGAUACUGCCGGUUUUAAAUACUAUGGUGCUAAAAGAGCCAUGGAUGUUUUCCUGGAGAGCUGGACUGAAGCAAGAGGGAGGAGAGUAGCCGAGACUAAGGUUUUCCGGCUCUAUACCAUCGUCUUACGAGACUUUGAAAAGCUCCCAGACGAAAAGAACCCCGAGUGGAUGGACUUUAGCUUCUACCUCUACCCAACUCCGGUGCGGAAGCAGCGGAUGGCAGAAAAAUACGUCCAGUUAGCGGACAAGGCAUAUCUUACAGACGUAGCGACAGCUUGGGAAAACCAUUCACUAGAAAAAUUAUUCCAAGACAAAGGUAUCGAAGUUACCGACUUUACGGCCAAUGAUAUACAUUUCGGCCGCUCACCACUUGAUAGGCUAGAAGUCUAUCGGCUAAUGAUGGAGAUUCACCACCUUCAUAGCGGAUUGUUCUACAAGUGCGCGGGAGUGCACAUACAUGGUGAUUUUGAACGAGCAAUGAAAAACAGGUUCCAUGUCGAAGCCGACAACUUUUGUUUCUACAAAACCAACUCCUGGGAGAAAUGGCAGCUAUCGCUUCUCUUUAAAGAACUUUUCGAGCGCAAGGAUUUCGAUCCUAGAGAGAUGCAAGCUGUUUCUCGCAGCGAUUCUGGGGAAGGGUUUCACAAAUGGAUGGAAGACAAGAUUUACACAAGGCGGUUUUCCCAGCAAAUACUUAGCUGA